AUUUUCCACCCGGAGACCACUGACAUCUACGACAAGAAGAACAUGCCCCGGGUGAUCUACUGCAUCCACGCGCUCAGCUUGUACCUCUUCAAGCUGGGGUUGGCUCCUCAGAUCCAGGACUUGUAUGGCAAAGUGGACUUCACAGAGGAAGAGAUCAACAACAUGAAGAAGGAGCUGGAGAAGUAUGGCCUGCAGCUGCCCACCUUCAGCAAGAUCGGGGGCAUCUUGGCCAACGAGCUCUCGGUGGAUGAAGCAGCAGUCCACGCUGCAGUGCUGGCCAUCAACGAGGCUGUGGAGCAGGGGGUGGCAGCUCAGACCAUGGUGGCCCUGAGCAACCCCAGUGCCAUGCUCCUCAACCUGCGUGAGGUGCUGGCUGAUGCCUACCAAGAGGUGCUCCACCAGGCGAAGCUGGAGAAGAGCAGCAAUGCCAGGAACAGGGUGAUCCCUGAGGGAGAGGACAUCUAUGACCGGUGCCUGACCCAGGCUGAAAUCCAAGGGAACAUCAACAAAGUGAAUGUGCACGGAGCUCUGGAGGAGGUGGAUGAGGCCCUGGAGAGAGGGGACCCGCUGGCACUGUACCAGGCACUGCAGGACCCUGCCCUGGCCCUGCGCUGCCUCCAGAGGGACAACCUCCACCACUACCUGCAGCAGCUCAGCGAGGAGAGGGAGCAGAAGGCACUG